AUGUCCACAUGGAAAGCAAGGCUCACCAAAAGACUGAAGUCUCCAUCUAGAAGGAUGCAUCCUUUUCCAUGCUCAGCUCUGCUUGCUUGUUUUGGGAAUACAAGGGAGAAUGCACCCUUUGAUCAGCCCAGCGCAGCUGAUACUCAUUCCACCGUCUAUGUUCAGCCCAUGGCCAAAGCAGAGAGGCACUCAUGUCACUCGAAAGGGGAAGAAGGAACUCCAGAGAAAAGGGAAGAUUCCGGCAUCUGCUCAGAGAAAAAUGGCAGUGCAAAUCUGAAUUCAAGCAACCACACUUCCAAUCAGCCUUCUGAGACCGCUGAGGAUUCACCUGGGUCACUAGAAGGUAAAUCGGACUGUGAAGCAGUUACUUUCCAGACUUCUAUCCCCAGACCAUCAAUUAUUGAAAUGCCAACGGAAGAAGAGGAAUCCCAGGAAGAACCGAAAUGCCUUGAGUUGGGACAGAAGAUGGCACCAGACGGCCCAACUGAGGAUACUGAAUUUAAGGACGCAUAUCUCAUUCCAAGAAACAUCAUGGCUGAGCCAGACUACAUAGAAGAUGACAAUCCUGAACUAAUUAGGCCUCAGAAACUGGUCAAUCCUGUCAAAACGUCCCGCAACCAUCAGGAUCUUCACAGAGAACUUCUCAUGAAUCAAAAAAGGGGUCUUGCCCCUCAAAACAAGCCAGAAUUGCAGAAAGUAAUGGAAAAGAGAAAACGAGAUCAAGUAAUAAAGCAGAAAGAAGAAGAAGCACAAAAGAAGAAAUCUGACUUGGAAAUAGAGCUAUUAAAACGGCAACAGAAGCUGGAGCAGCUUGAACUUGAGAAGCAGAAAUUACAAGAAGAACAAGAAAAUGCCCCAGAGUUUGUGAAGGUUAAAGGCAAUCUCAGGAGAACAGGCCAAGAAGUGGCCCAAGUGCAGGAGUCGUAGGCCCCAGCGACGGAGACGGCGCGCGCCUGGGCCAUCACGCGGGGAAGCUGUGAGCACGCGCCUCCUCAACACUUACUCAGGGCCGAAGCCCCUGGCAAGAAGCCCAGCCAGCAGAGAACUGUUAUUUUAAGAAGGAUUUGGUUUUGGUUUUCCUACAAUCUGGGUGGAUAAAUGAUCUGUGACCGUUGCGAUUCCUAUUCGCCAAACGAAGGAUGUUGACCAGCACUUAAGUUGGGAUAAGUGAACCUGUGUUCAAAGACUUAAACAAAAACAAAAACCCCACAACAGCAAAAAAGAAAGAGGACACUGGAAUAAAUUCUAGAAAGUUGCACUACUUGGUUUUUCCUUCUAAUCCAAGUUUAAUGGGGGCAUAGAGCCUUUUUUCUUCUAAAACCUAAAGAAAAUGUGUUUUGUUUUUUCCUUUAGUUUUCUGUUAGAUAAUUUAGAUCAGAUAGGACGGUAUUUGACCUAUUACACCCAACAUGUCUAAAGUCCCUUUUGAGACUCCAGAGCUGUCCCAUCUCGUUACACUUGGACCUGUGUUAUAUUGAGACCCGAGAGUGUUAAUAUUGAGCACAGCUUUUACCCUCGUUGACAUUCAGAUUCAGAAAUAGGGUGAGAAGGUUAAAAAUAUGGAAAAAAAACAUAAAAAUAUGGAAACAAAUACAUAUAAAAGAUACAGAAAAACACAUAAAUGUUCAUCUUGAUCUUAUUUUAAUUCCUUUGCAUUCUCUGAUACUAGAAUGUUCCAUGAUGACAUUCCAGUUUGGAGAAGGAACGUCAUAUAAAUCCACCUAUUGCUUUGAUACUGUUAGAAUUUUUUUUUGUUUUGUUUUGUUUCACUUUUGAAUUUCUUGCUGAGCUAGUCCUUGUAUAUGAAACAGUCUCCCAGUUCGUUGGAGAAGAAAAACUGGUCCAUAUUGCCCAACUUCAGUGUCAAAAGUAGAGGGUACAAAUCUUUGAGAGCAGUGUGAGGGGCGCUCCCACGGGAAGCUGGGCGAGGAGGAGUUCUUUGGGUAUUUUAGUGUGAAACAAAUGUAGGUUGGUCUCCAGGAGGCCUAGGUGGAAGGUUGGUAGCAUUUGUACAUUUUGAGUAUCAUUAAAUCCAAGUUUUGAAAACUUCAGAUUAAAGAUCACAUAUUGCUUUGCCUUUUUUUUUUUUUUUUCUUGUGAAGAAAGAUUGUUCCACUGCCCUGUUGGCGGUGAUUACUACUGUCCUGCCUCUCAGGAAGCACUGAGGUAAGGGGAGAGGCUGCCCAGCUUCCGCAUGCUAGCCAGGUUGCUACUCCAAGUGAAGUCCCAGGCGAGCAGCAAAAUCCUGACGCAAAAUGCAUUUUAUUACUUCUGGUAUGGGCAGGGGUAUAUUCUACUUGGGGUGAUCUGGAGGAAUUUAUAUGGAUUCAGUAACAUCCAUCGAGAUGAUCCAGCCAAUCAUUUCUAUAGUGAAGAGUCAUCUUAAACUUCUUUUAAAACUGGAUCCCAAGCUUUUAAUCCUAAUAAGCAUAGUAGAAAUUAGCUUUCUGUGGGAAUGCUUUAGUUUUCAUAGCUGACAGGUUCAUAUUCAACCCUCUUGUGAACAAGAUAAAGGUAACCACGAUGACAAUAUACUGCUAGUCAGAGGACAUGUCGGUUACACCUGAAGUGGGUGAUUUCUUGUCAGCAAGUAUUAAUGAAAAACGUGAGAUGCUUAAGAUAAAAUGUUGCUCUCUAAUAGUUUGCUUUCGGAGGAUGGAGUAGUAACUGUUUUUUUCCCAUCCCUCUAAGCUUUGAGAGAAGAAAGUAUGCUAAAUGAUCAUCUUCAAAGUACCUUUCUGAUCACACGUUGAUUGGAGUGCUUUCUUUGUGUAUUUGGGCUGAUGAUGAGAUUUGCAAAAUGAAGAUUCAGGACUGGCUCAUAGCUUUGCACCUAACUGGAUGUUGGAUCUUAAGUCCUGUGCCCUUGAAGCAGUUCUGCCACUUGAUAAAAUUCUCAAGGGCCCUGAGAGGCCCCGUUAGCAGGACCGAUUCUCUUCCUAGAACUUACCCAGAAUUCAUUCCUCACUGGGAAGAAGAAUUGCAAAAACAUGACCCUCCCAGUCUCGCUCACCAGUCUGCACAGUGACGUGUGGUGAGUAGUACAAAGUCUGGCCAAAAGACUUGUAAAUAGUGUGAAGUGAUGUCUUAUGACCAAACGGUGGGAUGUACAGGUGAGAAGCUCUCUGAAGUUGUCCGAUCAGCGAGGCUCACAAGCCUGAGUUUCAGAGCGCGCCCAUCUCUCCUCCACGCAUUCAUACUGGACAGUCCAAAUUCCUAGGACUCAUGAACAUACACGCAGUUUUGUGCUUUGAGCCACUUUUUGACCAAAAUGGCUCCAUUUUUCCACUCUAUGGUUUUCUUAAACUAGUUCAGUGUUUUCUAGUCUCCUGGUAGUAAAGUAGUGUUGCUUUCUAAGCUACAACAAACAGUUGACUUUAUUCUUCUACUCUGAAAAAUCUUGACUUGUUUGAGUGUAUAUAAUAUAUAUAAAGGGAGCCUUAAUGGAUUUGUUUUCAUAAUUUAAUAUUUUUUGUAUUUGCUCUUGUACAAUUGUUUUUAAUGGAAAGUAUUACAGAAUUGAGGGUGGAAUUCUUAGAACCAAAGUUAUUCUUAAUAAAAAUCACCACAUGCUUGGACCAUGAA